AUAAACAACAUAACCUAAAAGUGAAAAUCGAUUUUUGAUUUAAAAUUAAAGAUUAAAUAAUAAAGUGUUUGGGAAAAAUGAAACCGAAUAUAACAAUUCAUAUAUUACCUCAAAAUGAAGCUAGGAAUCUCGAGAUAACAUACAAAUUCAUAACCACAAAAUCCUUGGGAAACAUUUUAAUUGGAUAUUACGACGAAAAAAUCUGUCACGUAUCCUUCCAAGACAGUUCAACACAAAAUUUGGAGCCAAUCCAACAAGAUUUCAUCAACUGCCACUUAUUAGAAGAUACAAAAAAUGAUUUUAAAGAAGAAAUAUUUUCCGAAAUGUCACAAGAUGAUGAAAUCGAGAACAUUAAAAUCGAAUUAUUAGAUCCUAUCGACAUUGUAUUAACAGGUACAGAUUUUCAAAUAAAAACUUGGGAAGCGCUAACUAAAAUUGAAAGUGGAACCACAGUUAGUUAUGAGGAAGUUGCGGAGAUGAUGGGGAGAGAUAAAAAGUCAGUGAGAGCGGUGGCUGGGGCUAUCUCGAAGAAUAAAAUUGCUUAUUUGGUACCGUGCCAUCGCGUUAUUAAUAAAAAUGGGGAUUUAAGUAAAUAUAAGUGGGGGGCGGAACGAAAAAAGUUUAUUUUGGAUUUUGAAAAGAGAUUAAUGGAUUGAGGGAUUCACAAAAAGGGAUUAAAAAAGUGUUUGAUUUAGCUUUUUUAUUUAAAUCUUGGUUUUUGAUAAUAUAUUUAUAUAUUUGUA